UGGCUUGAGGGAGUGAACAGCAAACAGGAAGCCAGGACCGACGGCACGGUGUGUUUACACAAUUUGGUCAGUUCAAAACCUUUGUAACUUCAAAUCUAUUCUGCCCAAAAAAUGUGGAAAGCAUCAGCAGGACAUAACGUUCAGCUGGACAACGCCGACGAUGAUGACUGGGAGACAGAUCCUGAUUUUGUGAAUGAUGUAUCAGAAAAGGAACAACGUUGGGGAGCAAAAACUGUUGAGGGUUCUGGUCAUGUGGAAUCAAUAAACAUUAAAGACCUUCGAAAGGAUGUUGCACAUGAUCAUCAAAAAAUAAAAAAGGAUGAGGCCUCCAAAGGACCAAAAUCAUCAUAUGGCUAUGGUGGACAAUUUGGUGUUGAGAAGGACCGAAUGGACAAGUCUGCUGUAGGCCAUGAACAUGUUGAAGAUCUAUCAAAGCAUAGCUCACAAGUUGAUGCUGCAAAGGGAUUUGGUGGAAAGUUUGGCGUGCAGAAAGAUCGUGUUGAUAAGUCUGCCGUAGGUUUUGAUUACGAAGGCAAAACAGAAAAACACGUAUCCCAAAAAGAUUAUUCGCGUGGUUUUGGUGGCAAAUACGGUGUGCAAAAAGAUAGAGUGGAUAAAUCUGCUGAAGGAUGGGAAUACCAGGCAGAAUUGGAAAAACAUGAAUCACAAAAAGAUUAUAGUAAAGGAUUUGGUGGCAAAUACGGCAUUCAGAAAGAUCGCGUUGAUAAGAGUGCUGAAGGUUGGGAAUACGAAGGAAAGACGGAGAUGCAUGCGUCACAAAAAGAUUAUUCCACUGGAUUCGGCGGGAAGUAUGGAGUACAAACAGACAGAGUGGACAAAUCAGCAGAGGGCUACGAAUACGAAGGAAAGACAGAGCAACAUGCUUCACAAAAAGAUCAUUCCGCUGGGUUUGGUGGAAAAUUUGGCGUUCAGACUGACAGAGUAGAUAAGUCCGCCGGGACGUUUGAUGACAUGACGGAAGUGACGUCAUCAUACAAAACAGCGAAACCAGGGGCCAGUACAGGUAACAUUGGGGCAGCUGGUAAUCUCAAAGCACGUUUUGAAAGCAUGGCGAAAGCCGGAGAAGAGGAGGAUAGGAAGCGGGCUGAGGAAGAAAAGGCGCGUCGUUUGGCUCGAGAGAAGAGAGAACGCGAGGCGGCAGAGAGAAGACAAGCACAAGAGGCCGAACGCGAGAGGGCCGCUCAAGAAGCAGAGGCUGAACAAGAACGCGCGGAGGCAGAGAGGGCUGCUGAAGCUGAAGCGCGGUAUCGCGAGGAACAGGAACGUGCUGAAGCUGAACGUGCUGAAGCUGAACGUGCUGAAGCAGAAAGUGCCGAAGCAGAACGUGCUGAAGCAGAACGUGCGGAAGCAGAACGUGCGGAAGCAGAACGUGCGGAACAAGAGCGUGCCGAGGCAGAACGUGCGGAACUAGAGCGUGCAGAGGCAGAACGUGCGGAACAAGAGCGUGCUGAGGCAGAAGCUGAUUAUGACCAGCCGGAAGCAGGAUAUGAUGAACCAGAAGAUGAUCAUGUUUAUGGCAAUGUUGCUGAUGAAGCGUCUCAAGAAGGCACUGGCCAAACCGCAGUUGCUCUAUACGACUAUCAAGCAGCCGAUGAUGACGAGUUGACAUUCGACCCAGACGAAAUCAUUACGGAUAUCGAACAAAUCGACGACGGAUGGUGGCGUGGCUCGUGUCGUGGAAGAACUGGCAUUUUCCCCGCCAAUUAUGUCCAAUUGCAAUAAAAAUUUCGACAGCCAUACGCCGAACAUAUUGAACCAUAAUUCUCGCACAUUAUUAUACGCAAAAAUAAUUACAGUUAAGAAAAAUUUCAAUUGCUACAUCGCUUUUGGCUGCCGUAUAAUUAAUAUUUCUUGUAAACAAUAUAUUUUUUCAACGUAUUUUUCGUUACAUUUGUAUGGUGACUGCCAGUCGAUUCAUAUUUUUUAGAGAACUCACGCACGUGACUUGUUAAAACAACUAUAUGUAUGUCACGUGGAAAGCAGUCAUUUGGUAGAUUUCAACGUGAUAUAUUUUUUAUAAGUAGUAGCAAAAUUUCCUCCAGUAAUUAGUCAUUUAUAUAGGGACUUAAUAAACUGUAAUUUUAUUACUUGGGGACAAUUAUUAAAUAAAAUUAUGCAUGAUCAUAACAA